AUGGAUACACUAAGGUUACCAAAGAAAGAAGAACAAGAAGAAACAGAGGUUAAUCAUCAACCUUCUUCAACCUUCGAGUCCAUUAAUGCUUUCUCUCAAGACCAACACAACCAUUCUAUUGAUGAUUUCGACGGCAUUUUUGACAUCACCAUUGACGGUUUAAGCUGCUCUCAUGAAGUCACAUGGGACUUCUGGGAAGAAGAAGAUGAAGACGACGAAGAAGAAAAGAGAGUGAGUACUGAUCAAGAAGGCUCAAGUUUCGGAUUAUGGGACAAUAUGUCGACGGAUUAUGAAGAAAAAGAGUUGAGCCUCAAGCUGAAUCUUAACCAUCAAGAAGUUAUUGAAGCUUGGUCUGAUCGCCAGCAACCUCUGUGGACAGACACUGCAAUGCUAAUGGCUCCGGCCAGUGCCCUUUAUAGAGGAGAAGUGCCGGUGAUGGAUGAAGAGAGGAACACAAGAAGAGAAGCGAGUGUGUUAAGGUACAAAGAGAAGAGACAGAGUAGGCUCUUCUCUAAGAAGAUAAGGUACCAAGUUCGAAAACUCAACGCUGAUAAACGACCUCGUUUUAAGGGUCGAUUCGUGAAAAGGGAGACUUAA